GGAAGUAGUUUCCAUAAGGUUUAUUAUCGCUCAAUUGAAUACUUUAGUGCUUAUUAUCAGCUCUUUGGUGGUAAUUUGAAGAUCAAUUACGGUUAUAAGACCUAGGUAAGACUUUUGAAUAAUAUGUAAUAUUUUCCAAAACUUAAUUGCGCCCCAAAACUGGAUCCGGUAGCUCCACUGCUCAUUUGCUAUCAUAAUAACCCACUUGAAGUUUUUUGAGCUAAUCGUAUUUUUUUGGUAUUUUACCAGCUAAUUUAAAUUGAAGGGUGUUAGACAAUCACCACAUCUAUCGAAUUUUCACUGUAAACCACACUUUAAACUAUGCCUCCAAAACGGUAUGAACAGCAAAAAACCACUGAAAUAGCAAAGAAUGAUGACAAGAACAGUCAAUGUCUAGAGAAGCAGCUGCGUGAGAGAGAAAUCGAUGAGAGGAUGAAAAUAGCGAGCCUAAAAAAUAUCGAAAUAUCAAGAAGACAUAAAGAAGUAACAGAAGAUAAACGACAAGCAGAGGCUCGCCAGCAAGCAGUCAAUUUUAACAUUAACGUCUCUCAGAUAAGAUACAAGGAGGAAGACGACGAUAGAAUAAAAGGUUUCGGCUCAGGCAGAAGUAGAGGAAGAGGUAGGGGUAGAGGUCAAGCGAGUGAUCGAGGAAGAGGUCGUGGCGAAGGUUUUAGAAGAACUCACGAUCGACCCAAGAGGGUUAACUCUGAAGAUGAAAAAUGGCGAUUGGAUAGACAAGAAAUUGAUAGAGCUAGAAUAGACAGACAAAAGAAUGAAAAAGGUUUUUGGAAGAGAGAAUGGGAUACUGAUAAACAAUCAAUUAAUCCUCAACCACCAACGCCUAAGCAGACUGUACCACACAGACCGGCGGGAAGAAUUGGGUCAGGUCGGAUUGUAGUUGGAGCUAUUCAAUCGGUUGACGGUAAUACUUGCAUGAAAUAUAUUUCAGCAUGCUCCGCAGCGGAAGCUUUAAACUUUGCAGUUAAUAGUCAAAUAUCGGAGAAUAGAGAGUUUGAUAGUCGUAAUAGAGGCCGAGGAUCUUAUGGUAACAGACCCAAGUCUACGCAUUUCGAAACAUUUAAAAACUUUAAAAUUACGACUGACGGAGGUGGAAGACAAGUAGAAGGGGCUGUAGAAGUUGAUGAAUUCGAACCUGGCCCAAGUGGUUCAACUGGUCGAAGGGAAGAUUUUGACAAAGGAAGAGGAGUUAGUGGUGGAAAUAGACGACAACAACGUGGUAGAGUACGUAGAGGAUCCCCAAAGAAUAGACCAGAGUCUGGUGAGACCAGGGUUAAUAUUGGUCAAUGGCGUGGAAGAGGAAGAGGAAGAGGUAGGGGAGAAGGACGCAGCCGUGGUCAGAGAAGACGUCCUUUCCCAAAUGUUGAUGAUGUUAAUGUCCGAGAUAAAAAUCCCGACGAUGAAUACCACGAAGACGAUUACAUUGACGCUCCAGAGCCGUACUAUGAAUCUGGGCCAGAAGACGAGAAGAAGAUUUCGGCUGUAACGGAUAGCACUGAUUCGUUACAUAAAUUCAUAGAAGAAAAUACUCUAAAAGUGAACAAAGAUGGAGAAUUACUUGAUAGUAAAAGUCAAUCAACGGAUACUUCUCCCAAGUCUCUGACAUUGACUACUCCAACGCCAGUUACGGAUUGGGGUGCAGAAAUGGAGAAACAAGAAAUGAAUUUAUGCGAUGAAAUCCCCGAUGCUAUAGCUGAUGCUACAGCAGAUGAGACGGCAGAUAAAGAGGCAAAUAAAAUAAUCGAUGCUAAGGAUAAUGGAAUGGCUAAUGCUACAGCAAAUGAAGAGACGAAGCCUGUAUCAGAUGUGGCAGAUGUAACAAAAGAUGCGUCAAUAGUGGAAGUAGCCUCAGCAAAUCCGGCUACAGAAACAGCAGAAACAGUGACUGAUAACAAAACAGACGUUAAGGAAAUCGAGUCCGAAGAAAAUACGCGCCUUAUAGAAGAUAAUAAAACAAGUAUCCCAUCUGAUACGAUUUUAGAGAACACGACAGAUAAAAUAUCAGAUUCAUCGCCAGAAUCUAGAGCAAACAACCCGUCGAAAGAGUCAAGAGAGGAGAGAGAAAGUCCGACAGAUAACAACGAAUCUGAAGAGACAGAGCAAAAGGCUGAAAGCAAAGUGAUAUUAAAGGAUGGAAAAGCCGAUGAAAACCAAGAAAUUGAAGGAAACGAGAAAACAACUGAAGAAAUAGGAAAUUCCGUAAGUAGCGGAGACAUGUAUAAGAUAGCCUAUACAGAUUCAUGCUGA